AUGCUCGCGUGUCCAGGGGCAGCUCGGGGAGAACGCCGCACCGUCAGCGACGACGCACCGUCGCCGCGGCGCGAUCAGCGCACCGUUUCGCGUCGGAACAUUCGCCGCGUGGGGCCGGCAGCGCGCGCCUCUCCUUCGCGCUCCAUGCAUCGUGGCGUCGCCAUCCCUGCGACUGUCCAGCCACGCUCCUAUCUUUGCAUUGUGUUGCGUGGAGCACGUAUGGUCGAGCCGUCUGUGGUGUGGUGGUGCCUGGUGGAAGCGCUCAAGCGACGCUUACUCCGUCAACAGCGCUGGCAGUUAUGGCUCCUGGUCGUGGGCCUUUUCCUUCUUUGUACGAUACGCCCAAGGAUGCAGAGUGUUCUGGAUGCCGCCAGUAAGGAACCCGGGUCCCUACUGGAUCCGAAUCCAAUGUAUAUUCCUGCGUGGGACGCACAAACCGGUGCGGUGCUAACAGCUUUUGAUCCUCAGAGGCACCUCCUGCCGUUCCACUUCAUUGCAUGCUCUUCAGAUGACUGGGGCCGCAUCGCGGAUAGCGUCCCACUAUUUCGCGACUCGCAUGCACGUCAGGAGUUUCUGGCCGUGGCGUCUGAGGAGCUGAAGCGUUCACUGCGCCAGACCGACUGGUCCAUGGCAACCGUAGAAACCGUGCGUGAUCUGCAGCGACUCCACGAGUUCCUACUUCGCCUGCAGGAGGCUGCAGGAGAACCGCGUCAGCGUUUCGUGCUGUCACCCAUGUGGGUUGUCGGCGGACCCGACAUCCCCGCCAUGCAAAACCAGCUCGAUAUCAAACGGGAAGGCAGCACCGGGCCGCUGCGUGAACGAUCAUCUGACGCCCAGCUCUGGGUGGACGCUCGCGUCCAGCGCGCAGCUGCGACCCCGGAACGCCGGGGUCGCAUGCGUCUGGUACAGCGGUCGCCUAGGGAGAGAUGGCGAAACAGUCGCCAGCGGCUGCAUGAAACGCAUGCCGAGUAUCCGCAGCCGGGUGUCGGGCAGCGCUCCACGGACCCCGUGGGCGAAACGCGGCGCGCUGGGGUAACUUUGCAACGCCCUGAUUCCCUGAAGAGGUUCACGGGCCAAUCGUCGACGUGGGGAUUGCUGACGCGGCCGGUCGUACCUACAGACGCACAGGCUGUACACGCUGCACCAACAGGUUUCCCCUAUCGAAGCAUGUACAUGUGCCGGCUUUCACGAAACGGUGCAUCAAUACUUCCAGGCCGCGAUCUGAUCGAAUCCAUUGAGGUUGCCGAAUGGUACCGUAAGCUGUGGUACGAUCGCGUGUGGGCACCUCAGUUCCACGGCAGCGCCCAUAUCCAUCCACAUCGCUGGCUCGAAGCGCUCGAGCGGACACGACCUCUGCGGCGACAACGAAGCACUGCAAGGACGCGAAUUAUUCGCAGCGCCUACGACAGCCUCCGUGAAGGCUACGUCUACGCGGGAAACAUCACCGCUCUGCGUUCUGAGUUCGCGGAUGGCGCUUGGUCACCGGCAAGCCUACGAAAAGGCAUUGAGACAUUUGCAGGGUUUUGGGGUUAUCGACCGCGGGUUAUGAGCUCGCCGCAUAACACCUGGACGCCGUCGUUCGUCCAGCAUCUCGUUGCGAGUCAUGCAGUCUUUGGCAUCGAUGCUGGCACUGGUCAAUGUGCGACGCUCGUGAUUCCAAACGCGACUCAGCGCUCCGUUUCAUGCAUCGAUCGUGAACCGUGGGAUACGUUCGCGGGGCGUGCCGCGCGUCUCGAUGCGCGCAUGCCACUCAUCCAGGAGCGGAUUGCGGCGUUGAGGCCGGGAUUUACGAGCCUCGCCUGGCACGCACAGAAUGCACUGAGCGCGACGACAUCGCCCCGGGUGGCUGCUGCGCACCUGGAGCAUCUGGAAACGUUUGUGCAUUGGGUACAGCGCCAGAAUCAUACUGUUUUCGUGACAUCCAAUGAACUUCAUCAAAUUCGUUUGCGUGGAUGGAGCCUCGAGGUAUGGCCAGAUGCAUUCGUUUAUCGAAAUUUUCUCCCAUACGACAUACUCGUAUUGGUUCCGUGCCUUGAGGACAUGUUCUCAGGAGCUUCGCCAUGGGAAGCAGCGCCUUUACGCGUCGUCCGGCUUGAUCAGCGUCUCAUCCGCGCUCCGAUCUCACAGUCGAGUCCCGAACUGACGCAGUGCCGACCCUGGUCGGCACUGAUGGCGGAUUCACAGCACGGGCAUGCACUGCCUCGGAGCUUACGAUACAUUCAGCGGCAGAAGCAGAAACGGAAGCAGCUUGCCGCCACUCCGGCCUUUCGAGGUUGUCGCUGUCAGCGCAUUCGAUUGCCCUCGUUUAUGGAUGAUGGCGUCCUUCUUCUGCCAGGCAACAGUCAUUGGAUCGAGGUUCGGCGCCUGUCGCACGAGUGA